AUGAGUUUGACAAACAUGCUCAACAAGCUGCACGGCCAGCCCGACAGCUAUGAUCGCAAAUCACGAUACCGCUUCGGAAAGACACUCGGCGCCGGAACCUACGGUAUCGUCAGAGAAGCUGACUGCCCCGAGGGCAAGGUCGCUGUCAAGAUCAUCUUGAAGAAGAAUGUGCGCGGCAACGAGCAGAUGGUGUACGAUGAGUUGGAGAUGCUGCAGCGCAUGAAGCACCCUCACAUUGUCAAGUUCCACGAUUGGUUCGAGUCAAGGGACAAGUACUACAUUGUAACCCAAUUGGCGACGGGUGGAGAGCUCUUCGAUCGCAUUUGCGAAAAGGGCAAAUUCACAGAAAAGGACGCCGCUGAGACAAUCCGACAAGUACUCGAUGCAGUCAACUACCUCCACAAGAACAAUGUCGUUCACAGAGAUCUCAAGCCAGAGAACCUGUUGUACCUCACACGCGACGCGAACUCCUCCCUCGUACUUGCGGAUUUCGGUAUCGCCAAGAUGCUCGACUCGAAGAGCGAAGUCCUGACCACCAUGGCUGGCUCAUUCGGAUACGCUGCUCCUGAGGUCAUGCUCAAGAAGGGUCACGGAAAGCCCGUUGACAUGUGGUCCAUGGGCGUCAUCACAUACACACUGCUGUGCGGAUACUCGCCGUUCCGGUCAGAGAACCUUGCGGACCUGAUUGAGGAAUGCAAGAACGGUCGCGUCAUCUUCCACGAGCGCUACUGGAAGGAAGUGAGCCCGGAGGCCAAGGAGUUCAUCAAGAAGCUGCUAGAGCCCAACCCAGACAAGCGACCAACCAGUGAAGCUGCCCUCAAACACGUGUGGCUCAGCGGAAGCACUGCUACCGACCACAACUUGGUGCCAGAGAUCAAGGCGUACGCGGCAAAGGCCCGUCUCAAGCGCGGCAUCGAGCUCGUCAAGCUUGCCAACCGCAUCGAAGCGCUCAAGAUGCAAGAAGACGAGGAAGAGGAUGUACCAGGCGAGGCAGACGUGCCCGCCAACGCCCGCGAGGCAGCCGGUGAAGCCAUUGCAUCGCAUUCCGAGGACAAGAGUUUGGCAACCAAGGAGAAUGCAGACACAGGCAAGGGACCUGGACGCCUAAGCAGAAUCGCAAAGGGCGCCAUCUUCCGGGAAGUUGUGCUAGCCAAGGUGCGCGAGAUGAAGGAAGCGGAGGCGCGAGCAGAGUUCGAGAAGAAGGCGUCGGAGCCGGUGCAGAAGUGA